AUGGUCGGUCGGUAUGACGAAGUAGAGGUCCCGAGUACGUCGCCCAGCUGGCUCAUAACGGAUAUUAUUUGGACAAUGGCAGAUAACGCUGGCCCACCACAAAUUAAAGACAAGACAUGUGAAAAUGGAAUCAUUAAGAACUAUCGCGUUAUCGCGUAUAGUGAAGAGAAUGUGUCGGCGACCGAUUCUCCGUUGCGAGUCCCAGGGGUGGGACCGACGGGGGCUCGUUACGAGGAAUCGCGGCCGAUCGAUGUCGGCAAGGGCACGGUCGCGCGGCGAUAUCGAUUACUUAUAAAUAGCAGCAGCCUCAUUGCGCUCGCGUCCUCGACGCCCUGGACUCGCCCUCCGCCCCCCGAACGGAGGUCAAGGGCGCCCCCUAGCGGAGGGCCCGCACCCCCUCGGGACGAGGCGUGGGUGCGUCCCGAAAUAGACGUAGCAACAGAGUUUGUCAACACACGCCUACGCGAUCGCGUCUCGGGCCUCCGCGAUUCAGCCUCGCUCGCGCCGGCCUGGGGCCUUUUCUUGGGGCACAUUUGCGCCGGCCGUGUUCCGUAUGAGCGGGCGAUGACGACUCGCCGGAGAGGUCUCGCGUCUAAAAAUAGCUUCGACCCGCACUCGGCACCCCAACCCUCGGCAGCGCCGGCCCGUUCGAAGUUCCGCAGGCGGGAGCCGGCCGCCGGGAGGCGCGCACGUCACGCUCGAGAGUAA